UUGUUCAGUUUACAAUGGUAGAUGUGAAUGUGGAUACAUACAUGUGUGCAUGUAUUUUGUGUUAUAUGUAUGUAUACAUGUUUGAGGUUUGUGUUUUGUUUUUUUUUGUUCCCUCGAUUAAGUGUGAGGGCGCUUUAGUCAAUACUUGAAUACGGGUGCGGCGGCGGUGGGUAUAUACUUAUACACAUAACAGAAAGAAAAACCUAACAACGAUAAAAAACGUAUUUUUCGCCUUUAUUCACAUUUUCUGGAGCGUGUGUGUUUGUCUAAUUAGUGGCGGAUGCUUUGAAAAUAUUAAAAAUUAACAUAAACCCUAUGUUUGAAAAAAAAAUUUAUUUCAAUAUACAAUACGACAUACAUGUGUACAAAAACUCAAAUUUUAAACGAACAAGAAAAAAACAAUGGUGUGGAUAAUGCAAAUGAUAACAUGCGAUGGUGGUGGUGGAGAAGAUUUCUUAUGGGGCUCCACUCGUUAAAAUCCACCACAAUUCACAAUAGAGUCUUAUAUCGUUGGCUAUUGUCACUCUGGCUAAAAAUGUCUUCGCAAUAAGCAAUUCACCACAUUCAUUGAAUUGUCGCCAUUCGAGAGAGGUUUGUCGACGUCGUUCUUGCUCGUUCGUUCGUUGCCUCAUUCGGGUAUAAAUAAACAAUAAAGAGAGUUUUUUGUGCACUAAUGGAUUAAUACAUGCAAAGUACAGAUAUUGUUUAUUUUCCUCAAUAAAAAAAAAACAACACAAACUUGCGCGCACCAAAACAAUAAAAGUACACAAAACAAAAGAUAAACAAAUGAUAGAUGGGGGAAAAAACCAAAUAAACUACGUACAUACGCGACGUACAUAACAUAUACUUUGUUUGUGUAAAUGUGUGUAUGUGCAUCCAUUCGUUGUAUGAGCUAAUGAAAGACCAUUGCAAACACUGUCGCCGUCGCACAUAAACAGCUCCCCUCCCUCUUCAUUGUGUGUAUGUUAAAAACCAACAAAGAUGACUUGAUAAUACAAACUCAGAGACAUAUUUCCAAAGAAUGGAGUGAAAAUAAAAACGGAAACAAAGUGGAUCCAAAAAAGCUACAGUGAAGCGAAUAAGAGCAAACAAAAAGUUUCGAAAUUUCGUGUGUGCUAUAUGGUCCCCAUAACCCUGUCCACAAGACUGAACUGUGAUAACGACGUGUUGUGUACAAACACAUACCACACAGAAUUUGUGAAUAUCCUUUUGUUGAUGCAACUGUUUUUCUUUUCUUUGGCGGCUUUCCGUUCACAGGAGAGAACCCAACUCCGUUUAUUGUGUAUAACAAAGGCUAAUGUUAUUUAGUAAUUCAACGUAACGACGACGACAACAACAAAAUAAACAAAACAGGAAAUUAAGCUACCAACCAAGUAAGACCACAACACAACAACAAAUAUGGAAUGUGUAAACACAUGAUCGAUCCUUUGUCAAGUUACACUUCCAAAAAAAAAAUAUUUACCUCCUCAUCUUAAAAAAGAUCAAGAUUCAAGCUCAACAAGCCAUCAUCCAUCCAACAUCAGCCAUUGUUUCGACGCAAGGAAGGAACAUUCGCAUCCCAUCGCACGAAACAGUGACGAGCUGCCGAUUGUAGAAAGACGCCCGGCCACACGUAACUUGUACAGAAAGUCAUGAUCAAUUCCAAUCACACGGGUACCACCCGUCGACCUUUUUCCCGCAAUGGACCAUCAGUCCGCAAUCAUCGAGGUCGAAUGCUUUUCUCUCCUCACCACCAUUCACAACAGCACUUAUACCAAAGUCAGCAGCAACAAACCACCAAUCAACGCCUAAUUCAUGGCAAUGCCAGCAAUGGCAGCUCGGGUGCAUCCUGGUACAACAAGGAUAACAGCAGUAACAACAACAACAACAACAACAUUGAUACAUGGAAUACCCUUGGCAAUAACCACCAACAACAGCAGACCAACCUGUCCCAACAGCAACAGCAAUUUCAUGGUCAAAAUUAUCAAAACGGCCGACGUGGGGGUUCCAAUGCCCACAACGAUUUCUACAAUUUUCGACGAGGGGGUGGUGGCAACAAUGGCAAUGGCAACUCAAGCAACAAUGCCGGGGGCAGCAUGAUGAUCUCUCAUCGUGGAAUCGAUUUCCAUCAGCAUACAGAUCGAUACAAUCACAGUCGAAAUUACAACGGUAACAGUGGUGGUGGUAUAUCCAACUCAGGUUUAUGUGAUAGGAAUAGUAAUAACAACAAUUUGCAACAUAAUGAUACAGGGGCGGGAGGUAGCAGCUCCCGUGUCAUGGAAAAUGGUGAAGCGAGCAACUCGCAUUUCGCUUUGGUCAACAGUCGUAAUGGUGGCAACAAUAACAAUGCAUAUAACCGCUCUUCUCAGUACUAUAACAAUAAUCAGUCAGUUCAAUACAAUGGUCCGUCGACAUCAGCUUCGGCAUUAAUAGCUGGAGGUGGAGCGGGAGGUAGUUCAUUGUUUGAAGGACCGUCCAGUUCGGGACUGUCCGGCGCACUAAGUUCAAAUAUAUUGAAAUCUGACAGUCCGUCAAGAAAGAGAAGACGUAUUUCGGGCAGAAUGCCAAGCCAAUCGCCACCCGCUCUUUGGGAUCAAAGACGUUCGCCCCGUAUGCAGAUGCAGCAAGGAAGCCCACCAAUACGACGACCACGUCUUCGUGAUAACAGUUCUUUAGCUCAAAAUCAAAAUAACUAUUUUAAUAACGGUUACCAACACCAUCACCACCAGCAGCAUCCCCUUCAGCAUCAUUAUCAACAACAACAGCAACAGCAAAAUCAACAACACCAGCCGCAACAGCAGCAACCCCAGCAGCAGCAGCAGCAGCAGCAACCCCAUCAAAACAGUCCAACAAAUUCGCACUUCAUACAACACCAACAACAGCAACAGCGCCCCCAUUGGGAGCUAAAUCCGGCGGCUGUUGUAAACACAAGUUCCGCCCCCUCUCUUGCCCUCAUACACACCCCACCGCCUGCCCAUCCACACAAUCAGACACAAAAUCAAACAGCCCUGCCACCGCCACCUCCUCUGAUGGUAGAUAUAAAUCAAGUUCCGGUAAGUUUAUCAUUGCGACACGCUGAGCCCGUAUGGGCGUCCAUAUGUACCUAUCCUGCCCAGCCGCCGCAGCAACCACGUUUGGCUCCCUGCCAUCUUCAUAGCAUAUAUCCACAACCUUUCACAACACAACCCGCCUGCAAUUCACAUCCCCACGCACAGUUCACAUCGAAUGCUGCCGGUUUUUCCGCUGGUGCUUUACAAGUCACCACCCAGGCUCCACAGCUAAUGGGUAUGGCUGCAGCCGCUGUCGCUGCCAACUAUCAAAACUCAACACAUCUAGCUCAGCAACAACGUUCGGAUGCAGCAGCAGCUGCUGUAGCCAGUUUGUCAUUGGACCCUGGUGGCGGUCAUCACCAUCAUCAUCAUCAUACUCAGAGUGUUACAGCCGUUCCACAGCUGCAGGCAACCCCGAUACACUUAACAUCGAUGUCUGCGGCGGCAGCUGCACAUCAUUCACAUUCCAUGGCGGCGGCCGCAGCUGCCGCGGCACAAGUCUCCCAGCUCUCAGCUCAGCCACAGCCAAUUAUAAUAUCUGCAGAGUUUUUACCAUUGCAGCGACGUACAUUCCCUCCACACAGACGUAUCACACGUUUCUGGACCGCAAAUCAUCCGCACGGCCCGCACAGGCAUGUUUUACCCCCUCAAACGUUGGGUCCACAACCCACACCUGUUCAAAUUCAAACAACGGGCAUUAUAAAUCCUGGAUUUUUGCUUAAUUUCCUUGCCAUGUUCCCAUUAUCCCCUUACAAUCAACACGAACUGAAUUCAACCGAUUCCAAUGAAACCGAGAACUACGAAGCUUUGUUGAGUUUAGCUGAACGCUUGGGAGAGGCGAAGCCUCGAGGUUUAGCGCGCAACGAAAUUGAGCAACUUCCUAGCUAUAAAUUUAAUCCUGAGACCCACAAUGGCGAUCAAACAUCUUGUGUCGUUUGUAUGUGCGAUUUUGAAAUACGCCAAAUACUACGUGUCCUGCCGUGCUCACAUGAAUUCCAUGCAAAAUGUGUUGACAAAUGGUUAAGGUCAAAUCGAACUUGUCCCAUUUGUCGUGGCAAUGCUUCCGAUUAUUUCGAUAACCCAGACCAACAGCGUCUACAGCAACAGCAAUCGUCACAACUACCUGCAAAUCAAUCAACGACCGCAGUCCCAGUGACUCCUAACACCAACAACGCCAACAACACUGCAUCAGUCCAGGCAACAACAUCAAACAUCAACAAUGCCAGCAGCAAUACCAGUCAGGUUCAGCAAAAUGGUCAAACUAUUACAACAACAGCCCACUAGAGGACAAUGAAGCAAUUUUGUCGAAAACAGCAAAUCCAAACAACGAAUUUUACUCUCACUCUCAGACUUCUCCAAACAAUCUCCUAAACUAUUAACUAACACUCACGUCAGUACCUUGGGCCGCGAGUGUUAUCAUCGUCAAAAGAGAGGUCGCUAUCUAUGAGUAUAAUUGCAGCACACAAGACGCGGACGGGCCAUAGAACUGAUAAUGGCAUAUUAACUUAUUUCCCCCUAUACCUUGCACGUACUUUUUCUCCUUACCAAUUGUAUGAGAAGACGGAUGAUUAAGAAUGUAGUGGAAUGUCCACACGCAUGCCUAUCUCAAAAAAUAUGUGUCAAUGAAAUUACCCAAUACUUUAUAGAUUUUACUAUGAGAAGCUCAAGGAAGUGACUUAAAAGACAAUUGAUUUUUAUUCUUGCUUCACCUUAAACAGCAUAAUAAUGAAAAGUUAAUGCAUAAAAAAAUAUGUUCUCUAUUAAAGACUUUUUUCCAAAAUAAUUGUUGCAUGCAGCAUACAUACUAUGUAGAAUGUGAUGGUAUGCACUCACACAUAUUCACUUAAAUGAAAAAAUAUAUACAACAAAAACACAUACAUAUGUACUAUUAAGUCUGGUUAACUGAGAGUCAAAGCCAGGUAAAGUCCAUCUCCUUACAUCUGUGCAUCGAUGCGAUCGAUGGAGCUACUCUGACAUUUGGUGGCAUUGACCAGACACUAUUCUCUUUUAGUCUAGCAUUUUUGUCGUUUUUUACAUUAUUAUUAUUAUUAUUAUUAUAUAAUUAACUUGAAUAUACUUGUUUGUGUUCUUGCAAUUAGCGAUGGAGCCAAUAAGCAGCCAUACACAAAUCGUGAUUAAUAGAGUUUCAUUUUAAACAAAUUAACGAACAAUAAUACCAAACUGUAAACAAAAAAGCAAUCUUUUUUCAACAAAUUAAAUUAAAAUCAAAACAAAAUGAACUAUGAUGUAUUUUUAAAUAUUUCUGAAAUUAAGCUAACUUCGAAAAACCCUAAAUUCUUAAUAACAAACAAAAAACUUAUGAAAACAAAAACUUUUUUACUUAGUGUCUUGUUUAGAAUAACAAAAUCGUGCAUCAUAUAACAGUCAUUCCAUAGUAGAACCGAAUGCCAAUAAAUGUUGUAGCGUUUAUUAUUUUAUAGCCAGAUUUUUAUGUUGUUUGAAAAAAAGAUUAGGAUUUGAAUGAUGAAUUUUUCGCUAUGCCCAAGACAACUACUUUUCAUUUCAAUAUACAAAUUCUAUUUUUAAUCAACCAAUUGAAUAGUUUCAUUGUGAUGUUGACGUUUUCGAAUGCGAACACAUUCCGUACAAGUGCUACUAAGUUCUAUGAGCAAAAUAGCUUCAAUACUGUUGCCGUUGUUGUAUAUUGUUGCUUGACUCUUGUUUGUGUUUUGACAAAGAAAAAGAGUCCGUCGGUUUUCGCAAUAGUUUAAUAAGCAUUUUCGCUGUGAAUGAAGUCAGUACUAGGCUUUAUAGGGAGAACUUUCAGCUUCUCACAAAUACGUGAAAACAAGGGGUAGUCUUCCUAAAAAUGCAUAAACUUUCCAUUGAAUGCAAGGAAAACUGUACAUAUAAAUAAAUAAAGUAAGAAGAGAGAAGUGUAUGCAGUAUAUGUACUAUAUGAAAAAAAACAUUUACUAAUUGUCGAUAUUUGUCAUUUUAAAAAAAUAUUUAUUAAAGUAUCUUUCUUUCGGAGAAAGAGAAAUUUUACGCAAUUCGUCUACACUAUUUCCUCAUAUUCCCACAGGAUGGGCAUAAUAACACACAAAUAAGGUUUGCCUUUAAGCGAAAAACAACAAGGUUGAUUUCUUUUAUACAGAUGAGCGCUGUCCAAAUCACGCUUAGCAUAGUGAUAUGGGACAUUCUUUUUUAUGUACGAGUUUGAACGACGUGUCACAGAGCGAUACAACUUUGUUGAGAAGUUUUACAACUCAAAACAUGCAUUUCAUCUACAUUAGCGUUAUGUCGUCAGCAUAUAUUAAGAAGCUUAGAGAAAUUUGAAAAACCCCGUUUACAUUGCUCUUUAAAUCCGGAUUUAAUGGUUCGAUCAUCUGUUUUCCCUUUAUAAAAUCAGCUGACGAGAGUCUUAAAUCCGGAUUUAAUGAGCAGUGUAAACGGGGUUUAAACCCAUUUUGAUGUUAAAAACUUAUACAUUUUUGAAUGGUUUCUGCUGAGCGCUUUUUUCCUUUGCUUCGAUAUUCUUGCCAUGAAUCGAAUCCUAAGUUUAGCAUUCAAAUGAAAAACUUUUCUUUACAUUUGUCAGAAAUUAACUGGCGACAAAAUAUUUCUUUCGACCAAAAAAGUACCCCUUUUUAUGCUUUAAAAUCUUAUGUACAUUACCAGUUGAAAAUUUGCGCAUUGAAAAUAUUAUUGUUUCGAAGUUAGUUUUUCUUAAUUCUUUGUAAAAUUCAUUCAUGGCAAUUAUGAAAGCAUAACUCCUUUACGGUGGAGGGUGGCUGCCUAAUAAUGAGUCCGGUGUGAAGGGAAUCAAAACAAGCGAAUCCUUAUACUGCUCGCUCGCUCUCUCUCUCCUACAAACUGAAAAUUGAAGUUGCCUCAAGCCAUGGUGUUUUCUAUCGAGCCCGAGGCCCUCUCAAAAUUCUUACGUACUUAUGAUUGUUUAUUAUUGUUUUGUAGUUCUAAUAUGAAUCCUGGCUACCUCUCUGAUAUCAACAAUCCAAUUUUCUAAUUCGAUUAUAACAAAUCCUCCCAUUUCUCCAAAUUAAGCAUACAAAACGUUUCCAGACUAUUUUUUAUUCUUCGAAUUAUAAAUUUAAUGUCCAGAACUUUUAUUUAAUGUUCGUUGUAUUAUGGAAUGAACCAUAUGGUGUGUGUAUGUACAUAUGUGUGCCGGAUACUACCUGCAUACUAUUUUUAAAACUCAUAUAAGAAGAUGUGACUGAAAAUUGAUACAUUUCCUUUAAGAAUUAUGAAACUGAUGUGAAUUGUUAUUUUUAUAAAGAAUACUGCACUAUCAGUUGAUGUGAAGGCACCUUAUAUCACCACACACACACAAAUGUUGUGAUGUAUGUAUUUAUGUAUGUUUGAAUAUAACUUACGAAGGGAAAAUUGUUUUGCCUUAUCUAGGUUUGUUUCAAGUUUUGUUUGCUUCUUACAUUUGUAAUUGAAAAUUUUUGAUUAUUUGGUUACUUUUGUUUAAUAGUUUUUGUUAAUUCACCUUUGAUUUUUUAGUGCUUGAUUGAUUCACUUGUCGACUUGUGCGAGACACCAUGUUGAUAACUAGGUAUAUUUAAGAAGGUAAAGUCAUAAAGUCACAACAACAACGAAAUCAAUGAAACAACCUUGUGGGAAUGGGACUAGAAAUUCUCUCUCUACUGUCAAACCUAUGUACACUGUCAAAUUGACAUUUUAGUUUUUAUUUGCAUUGCCACGUGCAGCAGCCAUAAAAUUAAACAUUAAAAAUGUGCAAAAACAAACAAAAUGUUAAACAACUUUUAAAUCUAAUGGCUGGUACUAUGUUCGUUUUUCACCAAUGAAAACCUAUGUUUUUCGGGAUCACUUGCUUGAAACACUACACAAAUAACAAUGAUAAAAUAAAAAUUUCAUUAACAUUUUACCAUAAGUAAAGGGAACUGUCUUGCUGAAUUAAAUCAGUUUUUUGCUUUUAAAUCUAUUAUCUAAAAAUAAUAAUCGGCGAGAAAUAUAGUACCAGCCUUAAGGAUGUGUGUCGAAUGGUAUCAACAUUUUAGAGAUAGUAAAAAUAUGACGUUAAGUGUGGUGAAUAAUUUUUGAGUAUCCCGGGGGCUAGUAAGAUUUUUGACAGCACAGCAAAUUUUUACGUUUCAUUGAGCAAAGUCCCAUGUCAGUAAUAGUAAAUUCAUUUGCGUUUUGUUAGCCAACUUUGUUAGCCGCCUGCAUUGUGGCAGACGCCACUAAAUUUAAAUGACUAAUUUGGCAUAAAUUAAGUAAAAAUUAUUCUUUAUUAUUAUUGGCAACGGGAUUCUAAGAGGUUGUUAUUUGACAAUAAUGGACAAAAGUACAGUUUUGUGUUCGUAGUUUAUGGAAAUGAUGGCGCCACCGUUUAGUAAUUUUUCUAUAACAGCGUCAAUAUAGUUUGUUUACCCGGCAUGAGUUUGGUUCAUCAUUUUAAUGUUAACAAUAGAAAAAAAUAGAAGCAAAUUGGCAUUUGCAUUCAUUUUUUUUUUUUGGAGUAAUGGCUUCAACCGUUAAAAAAAGUAGUACAGAUGUUUUUAAAAUAAAAUUGUUUUCUUGUUUUCCUCUUUUCCAAAGCAAGAUCUAAAGUAUCUCCAUAAUGCAACGUUCCCAUUUGAAAGAUAACUGCUAGUGCGCACAUCUUGUUAACUUUUGAUUUUUGACAAAUGUCAAAAUUUGUCAGUGUUAGAAAAAAUGGUUGAUUGGCACAGCAAAAUUAAUUCCUUUUUCUUACCAGUGUAAAAAACAACCCCUUACUCACCAUAGGAGAUAGCUAUCAUUCGACAAACGCUCUAAACAAACUAUUUGACAUAAUAUUGUAUUUGGAUACAACUCUGAAAUUGGAAAAUUUUAUCAGCCGCUACCUUCUUAAAUCUACCUAGGUUGAGUACAAGUUUAACGGUAUAUUCACUCUCUUUCUCUCAAUAUCUUUCUCACACUCUCGUUUACUACAAUAUAUUUAAAAUAAAAGCUAUAUUUUUUAAAAGAAAUUGCUAAUACUUAGGUGGAUGUACAAAUAAUUCUUGUUACUGCACUUUUGUCUUCAAUAUACAUAUAUGUAUUUAAUAUUUAUGUAGAGUACGUGCUUUGAUGUUUUUAGAUUACAAAACUACACACGCAUACUAAAGUAGGGUUAUAAUUGUUAAUCCAGUUUAAAAAUGUCUGCAACAAAAGACAGUGCUCAAUAAACUAACACCACUGAAGAGCAAUGGCAGAAAGCGAGUGAAUGUCCGAGUUUGUCAAUUUUAAAUAGAAGAAAACGCGGCUUCGGCUUUCGAAUUUGAAAAAAAAUAAAUAAAAAAAAUGAGUAGCAAUAGCAAAUGAAAAGUAUCCCUGUCAAAAGGAUUUUGAUAACAACAUAACAUAUAUAAGUACAUACAUACAAACAUACAUCUUGCUGCAUACAAGACUAUGUAUAAUUAUUAUACUAUAAGCAAACAAAUAAACAAGUAAAUGAAUCCUGCCCUCCAUUUGCAACUUAGUAUUUAUGUAAAACUUUAACCUUAAUGAAGUAUAUAAAAAUAGGAACAAAAAAAAAAUAUUCAUACAAAAAAAACGACAACAGAAACACACAUUAGAAAUAUUCUCUUGUGAAGAACUAACGCCAAAUAAUACAACCUUUUAUGCUUUUUUAUUUGUGCUAUAAAAGAAAUAUAAAACACCUGUAUUAAUUAAUACCUGUAUGAUGAAUAAUAACAAAUGAACAUCAAACAAAACCAGAAAGAAGAUGAAGAAAUAUAUAGACAUUAUAUAUAUAUAUAUACACACACUGUAACCUAUAGACUAAAGAUAACCUUACGAAGUCAACGAUUUGAUCUUAAUCAAAGUUUCUCAACUCCUACCACUCCCACUUCCAUGUCCAAAACAAAACCAACAACCGCUGUAGUAAAAAAAAAUUAGGGCCCCUUCUCACCUAAGGCGUAUGCGUAAUACGAUUAUUCGAAUUACUCAUCCCUCAUACGCACUGUAUAGUUUAAGUCGUUUGCUCUUUUUUAUAUCUAUGUAUGUGUAUGUAAGCUCUACUUUGAUUACCUAUAGUUAAACAUUUUUACUACAAAACUGCAACCGCAACCACAAAGCGUUAGUAAUUCAAAGAAAAAAAAGAAAGACAGAAACUACCAACAAACAGACCGACAGACAACAGAUAAAAAAGUUCAUAUUACUUUCUAUCUACUCACUAACAAAACAAGAAAAAAAACUAUAGAUUAAAUGGUGUUUCCAAAAGACCAUUUGUAAACGUGUUGUGCUUUUUCUAGAUUUUAAAAUUCGUAAUUAUAACUUAAUCAAAACAAUAAAAAGAAGAAAAAAUAAUAAACAAAUACAAACAUUAUAUUAUUCAAUUUAAUUCAAUCCAAGUAAAUGGGGUAUUGUUUUAUGAUAAAAACAAAUUAAUAACAAAAAAAUAUAUAAUAAUAAAAUAAUAGCAACAACAAAUAUAUAUAUAUAUACAUACUUAUAUAUACAACAAUAACAAAAAGGUAAUUUUUAUACGUGCACUCAUAAUUAUUUACAUGUAUUUAGACUUAUAUAUAUAUCUAUAUAAAUACAAAAUAGUAUGUCGUCUUGAGUUUGAGUUUAUUCUAAAUGCCUGAUAUAUACAAAUGCAAUUGGGUAUAUCAAGAUCUUCAAAACCAACAACAACAAUGGAACAAUAAAAAUCACGACAGAGAAUCGUUUUUGCUUGAUUCGUUUUUCAUUUGAUUCAAUUUUCAGUUAGUAAAGUAACACCAUUUAUAGUUUCAAUAACCUGAAAUUGUUUGUAAACUUUUACAUGUACAUACAUAUGUACAUAUGUAUACAUAUGCAUGUAUAUGGUUCGUAAUUGCUUAAUUUUAUGUAAAUGCCCCCACCCCUUAACUUAGGAUAUUAACGAAAAAUAAAAUUUAUAUAAAUUUUUGCUGUGAUGUAUGUUAAAUAAAUAAAACAAAAUAAAAACAUAACUUAAAAAACAAAAACACACACACACACAACCUAAAAAGGCAAAUAUUAAUAUAAAACCAUGCAAUUAUAUGAUAACUUUUUAACUUUCUGUAUUCAAUUCAAGUUUUCUAAGAGACAAAGGCAAAAAAAAAAACAAUUAGUCAAUAAAACAUACAUACAUUCAUACCAACUGUCUAUAUCA